AUAUAAAGUCAAUACAAAUAUUUAAUUGAAAAUAGAAAAACCUAAAUAUCUCGGGGUGUCCUAGGGGUGACUGUCCCACUGGUAUCGGUGGGGUCAUGCCGAAAUGCUGGUAGAGUUGCUGCAUCUGUUGCUGCAUCUGUGUUGUAAAAAUCGAUUGUUGCUCCCGUAGACUAGCAUUGCUGCAUCUGUUGCUGCAUCUGUGUUGUAAAAAUCGAUUGUUGCUCCCGUAGACUAGCAUUAUCUGCCAAAACAUUAGAAAUUUCUUGUUGAAGGUUAUAAUUAUCUGCCUUCAAUGAUUCAACAGUUGCUGCAAUUCGAUAACCCUAUUAGACUGUCCCAUAAUGGGUGGCCUGAAUGGUUCUCGUCUAGAUGUGCUCACACCUAUAUCCUGUGGAUGUGUGUGAAUAUCCAAACCUUUCAACCAUCCUUUCUUGACCCCACCAGUUGCCCUAAGUAAUAUCUCAGCAUGAGGUAUUGUAGGGUCAAAUCCUUCUUCCUCUUGUCUACUAGCAUAUUCAGCUGUCAAUUU